CAUUGUCGUUAACAUGUGUAAUUUAAAAUCGGAAUAAGGUGGUGAAGGGAAAAGAAAAAGAAAAGGCAGUCGACAAGAAAAAAAAAAGAAAAAAAAAUCGGGAAAAUCCCUCGUGGUUGUCGCUGACGCCAAAACCCCCUUUCCCGAACACCAAAAACCUCUCUCCCAUUCUCCUCCAUGGAAGCAAUUGAUCUUUCAUCCUUCUCCCAGAGCCCACUCCCCUCUCCGCGGCGUCCUAAUCCGCCGUUCCGAAACCGUCCCCGCUCCUUUGUUCCGCCAUCGGGAAGCAAGUCACGGCGUCUGGAGCCGUUGCGUGCGAUGGGUCAUGUCGGCGAGACAACCUCCAAGGAGACGAAACUGUGGGGAGGGAGAUUCGAGGAGAGUGUGACGGAGAAGGUCGAGAAGUUCACGGAGUCGAUUUCGUUUGAUAAGUUGCUCUACAAGCACGAUAUCAUGGGGAGCAAGGCUCAUGCCGCGAUGCUCGCUAAGCAGGGGCUUAUAACCGAGAGCGACAGGGACAGUAUUUUGCUUGGUCUCGAUGCCAUUGAGAAGCAAAUAGAAGCAGGAGAAUUCAUAUGGAGAACUGAUAGAGAGGAUGUGCACAUGAACAUAGAAGCAGCUCUUACCGACAUGAUCGGUGAGCCUGCCAAGAAGCUUCAUACAGCAAGAAGCCGGAACGAUCAGGUUGCCACCGAUUUCCGCCUGUGGUGCCGUGAUGCCAUCGAUACCAUUAUCGCCAAAAUCAAACAUCUGCAGACUUCACUCGUGAUGUUGGCUUUGAGGAAUGAGGCUUUAAUAGUUCCUGGUUAUACACAUCUUCAAAGGGCUCAACCUGUUCUGUUGCCACACGUUCUCUUAACUUAUGUGGAGCAGCUUGAACGUGAUGUUGGUCGUUAUAUAGACUGUCGAGAGAGGUUAAAUUUCUGUCCUCUCGGAGCAUGUGCUUUGGCUGGAACUGGUCUGCCCAUUGAUAGGUUUAUGACCGCAAAUGCUUUAGAAUUCACUGCACCAAUGAGGAAUAGCAUCGAUGCUGUAUCAGACCGGGAUUUCGUGUUGGAGUUUUCGUUUGCAAAUUCCACAACAGCCAUUCAUUUGUCUCGGCUCGGUGAAGAGUGGGUACUGUGGGCAUCUGAGGAGUUUGGAUUCAUCACUCCAAGUGAUUCCGUUUCGACUGGAAGCAGUAUAAUGCCGCAGAAGAAAAAUCCAGACCCGAUGGAGCUUGUCCGAGGAAAAUCUGCUAGAGUUAUAGGGAAUCUUGUCACUCUCCUCACAUUGUGCAAGGGACUUACCCUCGCUUACAACCGUGAUUUUCAGGAAGAUAAAGAACCGAUGUUUGAUAGCGUGAAAACCAUAGCGGGCAUGCUCGACGUGUCUUCAGAAUUCGCCCAAAACGUUGCUUUCAACCACGAUAGAAUAAGCAAGACCUUACCGGCUGGCCACCUCGAUGCCACCACUCUUGCAGAUUACCUCGUGAAGAAGGGAAUGCCGUUUAGGUCAUCUCACGACGUGGUCGGAAGGUUAGUGGCAGUGUGCGUCUCGAGAGGGUGUGAACUUCAGAGGCUGAAUCUCGAAGAAAUGAAAGCGGUGAGCGACGUGUUUGAAGAGGAUGUCUACGAAUUUCUCGGGGUCGAGAAUUCCGUGAGGAAGUUCUCGUCAUAUGGCUCGACCGGAUCGGCCUGCGUUGCUGAGCAGCUCGGCUACUGGAUCCAGAAGCUUCAGAUCAUCACCUCCACCGCCUGAGGUCUCAUCGUCAAGAUUUGGAAUAUUUAUCGGAUUUAUUCGAAACCCUUUUAUUUAGACCUGCAUUUUCAUAUACAGGGUGUCAAGCUCGAAAAAUUGGAUUUUCGGACC